CCUUAGUAGGAAGGGUAGAUGAGGCCAGUGACACAAACACAGAGAUCAGAGAAUCUGAUCAGAAAAGGCAGGCAGAUAUAUAGCUCCAAGCCUCCCAUAGAUGUGACUGAGUUUUGAGGUUUGUGGUAUAGAAGAUGGAAGGAAUUAUAAGUUUCAUUUCCACAACUACAGUUAGACCGGCGAGUCCGGAGGAGUCAACCAGGAGGAUCGAGUUAACCCCAUGGGACCUCCAGUUGCUUCUACUUGGCUCUAUCAAAAAGGGCCUUCUCUUUCUCAAGCCGACACCCGGACCAGAGGAGAAUGGAUUACAAACCAUAACUGCUAUUGUAGAUCAUUUAAAGACCUCACUUUCUCGCACUCUGGACUUCUUCUACCCACUCGCCGGCCGCCUUGGUACCACUGUAAACGAAGACGACGACACAACUUGUUUCUUCAUCGACUGCAACGGCGCCGGAGCUCAGUUUAUCCAUGCAGCGGCCGGUGGUGUCACCGUGGCAGAUAUACUGGACCCUGUCUAUGUUCCUAAGAUUGUGUCUUCUUUUUUCCCGCUUGAUGGAGUUCAGAACUACCACGGCGUUACACAGCCGCUGCUUGCGGUGCAAGUGACGGAGCUGGUGGACGGGAUCUUUGUUGGUUGCUCCCUCAAUCAUGUGGUGGGGGAUGGAAAGUCCUUCUGGCAUUUCUUCAAUUCGUGGUCGGAAAUCUCUCGGGGUCCCAAUAAAAUAUCCGUAUCUCCUGUUUUCAAGCGUUGGUUUGGGGAUGAUACCGACUACCCCAUACGAAUUCCUCGGUCAGCAAUGGUCUUUGAUCGGCCCAUCACAUCAUCACCAGUUCAAGAAAUGGUUUUUCGCUCCGCAAAAGAAAAAAUUGCAGGGUUGAAAGCAAGAGCAAAUGCAGAAAUGGGCAUCGACCGAAUUUCUUCUUUACAGGCGCUGCUGGCCCAUCUUUGGCGCUGCACAAUUCGUACUAGGCGUCUCCCAGAAGAUCAAGAGACUAGCUAUCAUUUAUGCAUAGAUAUGAGAACGAGGCGACGUCCACAGAUGCCCCAGCAAUACUUUGGGGUUGCACUUCAGCGCGGGACCUUAACCAUGAAAGUGGGGGAGCUGCUGGGGAUGGGUCUGGGUCAUGUGGCUUGGCAAAUGAAUAAGAUGAUUUCUACCUUCACUGAAGUGGAAGCCACCAACUUCUUGGAAUCUUGGGCGAAAGACCCUAAGCCGAUUUCAUAUAGCACCGUCACUAUGAGUAAUGCUUUUAUCAUGGCCAGUUCGCCGCGGUUCAACGUGUACGGCACUGAUUUUGGUUGGGGAAGGCCAGUUGCUGUUAGAAGUGGAGGUGGGAUCAAGUUGGAUGGAAAGACCACCAUUUCCCAAGGAGCAGAAGAAGGGAGCAUUGAUAUUGAAGUUUGCUCAUCGCCUGAGACCUUGCAGGCUAUGUUGGAAGAUGCAGACUUCAUGGAAGCUGUCACUGCUAGCUUCAUCUAAUUUUUUUGUUUAAUUAUAAUCUCAGCCCUUGCCUUCGGGGAGUUUGCUUCAUUUGAUUUCUUGUAGCUUUUCUCUUGACUCAAGUUCUAUUUUGACCUUUCUUGUGUAGCAUUUUUA